AUCUCCGCGUUCUCUUGGGAAGCCCGGCUAGUGUUCAAAUCGCAAGGACAGAUAAAGCAAAGAGUGUGUGCGAAAACUGUUUUUGCCAUCGAGCCAUUCUUCUACUCCUCUCGAUUGUCUGUUCAUUCUGAGUAAACAGAUCUUCCGUUCGCCUCCGCUAUCCUCGGAUCAGACUGCUCGUUGAUGGCCUCUAAUGCGCUGCUGGGGAAGCUGAUUUUGGCGCUUACACUGUCAGUGUUUUUGUACUAUUUCUUCUGGGUCGGAGUUCUGCCAUUCAUGGUGAUUGAUUCGAGUGAAGAUAACUGGAUAUACUCGCUGUUUCCGGAGAAGAAGUUUGCCUUUAUGGUUCCAGCUGUUUUCGGAGUGCUGUUCAUCGGGGGCUUGUCCGUCUUCACUCUCUAUCACUUGAGAGGUCAGCUGAGGGCUAGUAGUGAUUGAGGAACCUAAACAGUACACUUCGCAGCUGCUCGAUGCACGAUGGAGACGUGGUUAGUGAUCGGAAUAUCAGGCGUCACCAAUGGGGGCAAAACAACGCUCGCCAAGUCCUUACAUCACUACUUUACCGGUCAUCUGAACAAGAUUAUCUUUAAGGAGAACAUCACAAUGAAUAAGGUAGCUCUUCUCAGUCAAGAUGAUUACUUCCUUCCGGUGGAUAGUCCCAAACACAAGGUCAUCGAGAAGCUCGGUCACAUCAACUGGGAGAUCCUUUCUUCAAUCGACAUGGAUAAAAUGUGCCAUGACAUUAUGACGAUCCUGGGUCACAAAUUCAUUCUGUACAACUGCCACCAGCUUAGUAAAACCGAAGGAGAGAACAACAUCGCCGAGCAGGUCGACCCGGUAACCGACGAGGAUAACAUCUUUGCCGAUCACUUCCUGAGCAAUUACCUGAACAAAUACGACGACGGUUCGGCCGGGGUCAACCAAAGAACGACAAAUCUCAUCAAAAAGUCCAAAAACGAAACAUUCCUGAAUAUGAACAUUAAGCUCAACGUGCUGCUCAUAGAGGGUUUUCUGAUAUUCAACCACCCAUUUACGUUAGACUUGUGCAACGUCAAAUUCCAUGUGCACUUGCCGUACGAGAGGUGUUACGAGAGGCGAAUCCAACGAGUGUACGAUCCUCCAGACGUGGUCGGAUACUUCGAAAUGUGCGUAUGGCCGAUGUAUGAGAAACAUUUCAAAGAAUUCCGGGAUCGUACCGAUAUCUACAUGCUGAACGGAGAGGUGCCUAAGGAGAAUAUUCUGAACUAUGUACUGAAUUGCAUCAAAGAUUUACUGUGAACAAGAGUGGAACGCCAAUGAACAAACAAUGUGUAGCGUUAGAACGCAGCGACGGUUCCUUUUACAUAUAGUAUACUUUUGCUCUAACGAAUGUCAUGAAAAAUAUGGGAUAUUCUUCGUACAAUUAGUAUUUUAAAGCUGCAACUUUUAUACACAUAUUAAUAAAUUUAUCGGUAACAACCAAAA